CGAACGUUGAAAUCUCCUUCUUCGCUUUCCAGAGGACGGACGACGGAGAGGAAGAAUUGUCUGUCAUGGCGUCAAACUCCUUCAAGAAUCCGGUCCUGCCGGUAUCGCAUCCGUCGAUAGACCAGCUGGAGGAGGAGAAAGAGAGGCUCAUCAAGAGAGGAGAUGAACGUCUCUUCAAAGGAUCUGCCAUGACCAAGAGAGGCGCCUACGCCGCCGUCUCUUACAUGGCCUGCGCCGUGCUCUUGGUACUCUUCAACAAAGCAGCUCUUUCUUCUUACAAUUUCCCUUGUGCAAAUGUUAUCACUCUCCUUCAGAUGAUCUGUUCAUGUUCUUUUCUCUAUGCACUGAGACGUUGGAAGCUUAUAUCUUUCACAAACAAUGAAUCUUUAGUAAUUUCUGAUAACUCUGCAAGUUUGGUGCCAUUGAAGACAUUGAUAUACACCUCUCCUGUUGCAGUAUCCUAUUUGCUUUACAUGCUAGUCACCGUGGAGUCAAUUCGUGGAGUAAACGUUCCCAUGUAUACAACUCUUAGGCGGACUACAGUGGUAUUUACAAUGAUUAUGGAAUAUCUUCUGGCUGGGCAGAAGUAUUCAUCAUCUAUUGUUGGAAGUGUUGGCUUGAUUGUUCUUGGUGCAUUUGUGGCUGGGGCUCGAGACUUGUCAUUUGAUCUAUAUGGGUAUGCUGUUGUUUUCCUAGCCAACUUCACCACAGCAAUAUAUCUUGCAACUAUAGUCCGCAUUGGAAAAUCCAGUGGUCUUAAUAGCUUUGGCCUCAUGUGGUGUAAUGGGCUAUUAUGUGGACCAUUUCUGCUGCUUUGGACAUUUCUUCAUGGUGACCUGAAUACCACAAUGAAUUUUCAUUAUCUAUUUUCACCUGGUUUUUUGGCGGUGUUGCUACUCUCCUGUAUUCUGGCAUUCUUCUUGAAUUACACUAUAUUCCUAAACACAACUCUCAAUUCAGCAGUCACACAAACAAUUUGUGGUAAUUUGAAGGAUCUCUUUACCAUUGGACUUGGCUGGAUGAUCUUUGGUGGGCUUCCAUUUGAUCUUCUAAAUGUUAUUGGGCAAUUGCUGGGGUUUAUUGGCUCUGGUCUGUAUGCCUACUACAAGCUUGUGGGGAAAUGAUUGAAGCUCCAGCAUUCAAUAUAGCAUGAGACAUUAUCGUUAUCUCCCUCUACUUCUGCUCAUGUUGGAAGAGGCAUACCCAACUUAAGAUGGAUGAUUUUUGCUCAGUUAGAAGUUGCUGACCAAACCUUCAGGAAAUUAACCAUGCACCUAAUACCACUACAAAUGAUAUUCUUUUUGAUGCUCGUUUUACCCUUCUUUUUCCUUACUUUUUUCCCUUUCUGCAUUUAGGCUUUUGUAUGUAUGCCUAUUAUUUGAAGUGUGAAAUGAUCAGAACAUCAGUCAAGAAACAUUAGUGCAUAUUGUUUAUGUUACAUUUACAAGCUAUCUGACAAUUUUUC